AUGUUAGAUUUGUGCAUGUUCAUGUGUAGAUGGGGAGACCGAACCCCUACCCACCGACCUGGAGGACCGCUGUCACCACCUUCCAUCUUGCCGAAACACGUGUUCUCCGUGGACAUGGCCUGUGAGGUCAGUCGAGUCCUCAACAAGCUGGGAGGGGUUCAGGUUGACAUCGACCUGCCCAACAAGAAGGUCUGCGUGGACUCGGAGCACAGCGUGGACACUCUGCUGGAGACCCUGAAGAAAACGGAGGAAACCGGGUCCUACCUUGGUCCCCAGUAG